GCAGUGCAGCAGCGCAGCAACGGAGGAGGGAGGGCCCUGCAGCCGCUGUUCUCUGGUAGAAACCCCGUAGUGCAGCACAGCAGCGCCAUUCGGUAACUGCAACAGUAUCCAAAAUGGCAGGAGCUGAUGGAGACGACUCUCUCUACCCUAUCGCUGUUCUCAUUGAUGAACUGCGAAAUGAGGAUGUUCAGUUACGAUUGAACAGCAUCAAGAAGCUGUCCACGAUUGCCUUGGCCCUUGGAGUAGAGAGGACUCGUACUGAACUACUUCCCUUCCUCACAGACACUAUCUAUGAUGAAGAUGAAGUGCUCUUGGCCUUGGCUGAGCAGCUUGGCAAUUUCACUAUGUUGGUGGGAGGGCCAGAGUAUGUCCACUGUCUCCUGCCUCCUCUGGAGAGCCUAGCUACAGUGGAAGAAACCGUAGUCAGAGACAAAGCUGUAGAGUCACUGCGAAAGAUCUCUCAGGAGCACUCUCCAGUUGACCUGGAGGUCCACUUUGAGCCUUUGGUCAAGCGGCUGGCUAGUGGUGACUGGUUCACUUCUCGCACAUCUGCCUGUGGCCUCUUUAGUGUCUGUUAUCCCCGUGUCUCCAGCACUGUCAAGGCCGAGAUCCGCCAGCAUUUUCGCACCUUGUGUUCAGAUGACACUCCUAUGGUGCGUCGUGCUGCAGCAUCUAAACUGGGAGAGUUUGCCAAAGUCCUGGAGCUUGAUUAUGUAAAAAGUGACAUUAUUUCCCUCUUCACUGCUCUGGCUUCUGACGAGCAGGACUCAGUACGGCUGCUUGCAGUGGAGGCUUGUGUCAGCAUUGCCACUCUGCUGCCUCAGGAGGACCUGGAGACCUUGGUGAUGCCAACCCUGCGCCAGGCUGCAGAGGACAAGUCCUGGAGGGUCCGCUACAUGGUGGCUGACAAGUUCUCUGAGCUCCAGAAAGCAGUGGGGCCAGAGAUCACGAAGAACGAUCUGGUCCCAGCAUUUCAGAAUCUUCUGAAGGACUGUGAAGCUGAGGUCCGCGCUGCUGCAGCCAACAAAGUCAAAGAAUUCUGUGAGAACCUCCCGGAGGACAAUCGUGAACAAAUCAUAAUGACUCACAUUCUGCCCUGCGUCAAGGAACUUGUUUCAGACACCAACCAGCAUGUGAAGUCAGCCCUGGCCUCAGUCAUUAUGGGCCUUUCGACCAUCCUGGGCAAGGACAACACAAUAGAGCACUUACUGCCUCUCUUCCUGGCUCAGCUCAAGGACGAGUGCCCAGAAGUGCGUCUCAACAUCAUCUCCAACCUAGACUGUGUGAACGAAGUGAUUGGCAUCCGUCAGCUCUCCCAGUCACUCCUGCCGGCCAUUGUGGAGCUGGCAGAGGAUGCAAAGUGGAGGGUCCGCCUUGCCAUCAUUGAAUACAUGCCCCUGUUGGCAGGACAGCUGGGAGUGGAAUUCUUUGACGAGAAGCUCAACACCCUUUGUAUGGCCUGGCUUAUUGACCACGUGUAUGCCAUUCGUGAGGCGGCCACCUGUAAUCUAAUGAAGCUGGUGGAGAAGUUUGGAGCUGAGUGGGCUCAGAACACCAUUGUGCCCAAAGUGCUGGGCAUGGCCAACGACCCCAAUUACCUCCACAGGAUGACCACUCUGUUCUGCAUCAAUGCUUUGUCAGAGGCAUGUGGCCAGGAGAUCACCACUAAGCAGAUGCUACCAGUGGUCCUCAAGAUGUCCAAUGACCAGGUGGCCAACGUACGCUUCAAUGUGGCAAAGUCCCUUCAGAAGAUCGGCCCUGUCCUUGACAGCAAUGCCCUUCAAACAGAGGUGAAGCCAGUGCUGGAGAAGCUGGCCUCAGACACAGACAUGGAUGUCAAGUACUUUGCCCAGGAAGCUAUCAGUGUUCUGGCCCUAGCAUAACCAACCAGACAUGGCUAAACCAGACAACCACCCAAAACAACAACACACACUUUUACAAGAUAUUUAUUGAUGUUCAGGAACAACUGGUAAAUGUAUAGAGAAAGCUGUUAACAAUUGUUUUAUCCUUUUUUUCUUGCUCUUUUUCUUUUUUUUCUCCUCCCUUUUUUUUUUUUUUUACUGUCCAAUGGUAGUCCAUGUCCAGGCAUAGCACAGGCUUCUUCGUUUAUCUUCCUCUUUGCUGUAAAUGGGUGCUUUAUUGAGUGAUGCAUGCUGACCAAUGUGCGACUGUACUAGCUAGGCAUCACUAACCAGAACCCCUCACAUUCCUCCCUUUCACAUCCUCGGCCACUGUUGUACUUUAGCCACAGACAUUGCAGCAUACCACAUCUAUGUUCGCUACCUAGGGCCUUGCUAGCUCUCUGUGCCUCUGCACUUUCUUUCCAGUGCUAGACGCAAACUCUGAGCAGCAGAUGGAGCAACAAGCUGUUUGUUUUGCUGAGCUUCCUCACGAAUCAGCCCUUUGAUAGCUCUCUUUUCCCAGAGUCCCCGUUGUGGCUCUCCAGAGAAGUGAUUGAAAGGUCUGUGCAGGUCUAGUAGGCUGUCUGUUUUUUCCACCAGACCAAACCUGUUGUCUCCUAAAUGUCUCACAGGAUUGUUCCAUACAAAGCUCGGACAAAGAAAUAAUGGGGGUGUCCAUUACUGCAUGUAAUCUGAUGAACUCUCACAAUGAUUGCAUGUAUUAAUCAAUCUCAAAUAGUGUCCUUUCCCAACUCUAUCUACCAGACUACCCUGCCCUUCUGCACUGUUCUCUGCAGCAACACGGUCUGAAUUGGUCAAACAAAUGAUUUGUGUUGCCCAUAAUUAUCCCUCCUCCAAAUCCUCGGUGAUUUUUAUUGAUGUGCAAGGGUGGGACGUAGUAGUCAGUUAUUUUCUGCGAUAUGUUCUCGGCAUUGCUCUUAAUCUUUGUGCCAAUGACUUUGAUAAGCAGUGAUGUUUUCUUUUCAUAUGCCUGGGUAAACAGUUUUCACCUGUCCUGUUCUGUUCUGUAAAGAGAUGACGUUGUUUUUUUUUUUUCUCUUUAAGGGACACUUUAUUCUUUGGAAGUUAAUGAGAUGGUAAAAACUAAAUUGACUACAGCUAUCAGGACCGUGGGAUUAACAAAACCGUGGCACUCUGUGUCGUAGAGCCACCCAGUUUUCCCUUAAAUCCAUGCCAAGUCCUCCACUGUACAUGAGAUUUGAAAGCAUAAGGUCGGCGAACGUUAAGGCCUUCACUUUCUAAUCUCUACACGAUGGAGAACAAGUGCAUGCUUUCAAAGAGAGGGGGGAUGGGGGACAUGGAGUGUGUGUGCAUAAGGCUGCAUAAUGUUUUAUUAUGGGGUGGGAGCUGGGGCGGUUAUGGGCGGGUUGAAUAAAUGUAUCGUCUGUGUUGUUAAAAGAAACUUUUGUCUUUCCCUGAACUCCUCCCACUGUUCCCUUCUCCUCCCCUCCUGACCUCUCAUUUUGUUCUCUUGAAUAAACCUUGAUUGUUAAUUGUCCUGUAUCUCAAAGACUGUGCUUUUAUUUUUAUUUUGAAUUAUCUCCACAAUUGGGAUGCUGUACUACUGUAUCUUGAUCUGAAUAAAGUAACUCAAAGGAA